GUCCCGCCUCUUAAUACAUAGUACCUAGUAUUUACAUGCUCUUUGGAUUUUAGUUUUUACUAUAAAUAUUUUGUUAUUGUUAUUAAAUACUAUUUGAAAUUAUUUAAAUAAUCUACCUGCAUAAAUAUCCAUUACAUUUGUAACAAACGAAUCGUAUUUCAUCAAAUAAUUAUUUUAGUACGAGCAGUUGUGACUUGUGAGCUUCUGUAUUCAAAUCAUUUUUGUCCCUAUAACCAAUUGCCAAAAUGCUGCCCAGGUACCAUACAGACCAGGAAAACUUAAGGAAACGACAAAUUGACACAUUGAAAAUCUUUAACGACAACGUCUCGGAGAUACAAGAAAAUUCUGAGUACAAAGUUGAAUUCGAUUCGCAUGGAAAAAAUAUGAGUCUGAAUGUGCUCUUAACUCCAGAUUUUCCAAAUGAGAAGCCAGUUAUCUUCGUAAAUCCAGUUUUUCCUCAUCCCUGGUUGGGAGAAAACUCAAACCAAGUCCUUGGAGCCCCUGGGUUAAUCAAUUAUACUCUUCAUUCAGACUUAGGGCGAGUCGUUCAAGCAAUUAUUAGAGAAUUUCAACGUACAGUUCCAAAUUUAGAAGAUAAAACAACAAAUACAAACCAUCAAGCUCAUGUGGUGGUCAAUUCAAUGGUGUUUCCGGAUUUGAAUGACUUAACAAUUGAAGAACUUCAGGAAGUCUUGGAGAAUCCAGAUUUGCAGGAUAAAAUAUUAGAAACAAACCCUCAGAUGACAGAAAUUGAACUGGCAACUGAGGAAUUAAUGAACAACAUCGAGGAAAUAGCUCAAGACAAUCUGAACAAGCAACAGACACUGGACAUCCUCAAGUCGGAUGUCUUAGAACGGAUCUCGGCAAUAGUCCAAAUGAAGAUGAGCUAUGAAGAACUCCACAAGAAGUACCAGAAACUCUCUGACAUGUACAGUCCUCAUAGGAUCAGAGAUUGUCUGAAGGAGGCUGCUUUGAGAGCUGACGAAGAUGCCGAAGUAAUCGCUGAAAAGUUUCUACUUGGGGAAAUAAGUGUAGAGACUUUUGUGUCGAAAUUUGCGGAAAAGCGUGCGCUUGGCCAAGCUAGACGAGCAAGGGAGGAACGCUUGGCACACCAGUUGGCACAACUGGAUAGAGCACAGACAUAACCUUAUUGGAUACGGUUUACAGAGAUUGUUAUCAUAUCAUAAGGUGCCGACGAGAUUUUACACUAUCUAGCUCUCGGACCAAUUAUUAUACUGGACGGAGCUAUUGCUUGCUUUGCGUUGUUGCCACUCUUAUACUAUAUGUAUUGUCAUCUUUGUCCAUUUCUCGAUAUCUUUUCAUGAGUAAUAAGGAUAGCUGAUGUAAGUUGGCAACGUCGCACUGUACGUGUAAAUUGUGUCAGCUUGGGUGAUACCGAGUCGGUCUAGUCGGUCAAAACAUUAGGUGCGUAAAUUAAGUAAAAUAUUCAAACAUUUCAUUGGUUUUGUUAAAAUUCUUUUGAAAAAGUGAGAGUAUGUCAUGUGUGGCUUUAUUUUGUUCAUCCAGAACAACAAAAUGUUGUGUAAAAGACCCAGAAUUAUCAUUUCAAACGAAAGUAAAUAACAGCCAAUUAUUAAUUGUACUUAGUGAUUUUCUAUUAGUUAUUCGAUAAAAACGUAAAGAUUUACAUGUUCUCAGUAUAACUAGUAGAAAUGACAUACGCACAUAGUAAACAAUUGGCCUACAUUAGGAGCUAUCACUCAAUGUCAGUUGCGGCGGCGCGGGCGUCGCGAACGAGUGUUUCUUGUACUGUUUACUUAAAGUACUGUAGAACUCUGUCUGUACAUGCAUUUCUUUCUGUCAAACUUUGUGAUAUAUGUUCCAAUUCUACGAUUUGCCAAGAUUAAUUUUGACGAAAUUGAUAUUAAGUAAGAAUAUGUGAUUGUGUAAAUAGUAGGCUAUGUUAUUAUGUUGGUUUACCUGCCUUCACACACUUAUACACACACACACACAAUUCCAAAUUUAUGAUUGGAGUCUCAUUUUAAGAACUAUAGCACCUGUGUUAGUAGACCCCAUUCUUCCAUAGCUUAUCAAUAUAACAUUACAGACAUACGCAUAUUUUAAAUUCUAAGAAGUAUGUGUACUCAUAAAAUAUAGGAUGUAUGUGUGCGUUGGGUGUGUGUUAGUGAUGAGUAAGGUGUGAGUGUGUGUUUGUGAUCAAAUGAAUGAAUCUUUUUAUAUGUGUGUGUUUUUUGUGUGUAUAAUGUUUUUGUUAAUAAUGUUUAAUACGUACGUGUUAUAAGUUGUUCAGUAUCUGUAUAAGUGAGUGAAAUACAUAAAGUUCGUAAGUACAUUCAUAAGUUUACACAACUCAAUUUAACUGAUAAAUGUGUUGUACUUCUUUAUUCAAUCGCUAAUUGAAAAAAUACUACACGAGACUGAAUACUUCUUCUGGGUGCCUUUGCACAUUAUUUAUCCCUUAUACUCGUUAUUGAGGCAUAUGCUUAGCAAAUAGGUUAGAAUUUUGUAUACAUAAAAUUUCUAUUAAUGUAGUGCGAAUGAACAGUCAUAAUAAUAAUUUAUUAAAUCUUUCUCAUAUCAAUGCAUUCCUAUCUUAAGGUUAUAUAAUGUAUAACUCGUUGGAAAUUGUUAUGUUAGAUAAUUGUUACUAUACGUUUAUAAAUAAAUAUAUUAAGUAGUUUCA